AUGACUUUCCGCAACCAAUUGACAGCUUUGCUGUCCUUUCUGCUGCUGCUCGUCGCCGGCGAUGCCUUCAUCGGCCACGCCAACGCCGAGCCUCAGGAUGAGUCUGUCCUGCACGCCGAGAUGGCCCGGCUGAACAAUCAGAGCUUGCUCUGGGGCCCCUAUCGCCCCAACCUGUACUUCGGCAUCCGGCCUCGCAUUCCCAAGAGUAUCAUGACCGCCUUGAUGUGGGGCAAGGUCGACAACUACAACGACGUGCAAAGCAGCUUCCGCUACACCUGCGAGCAGAAUGAGGGCAUGGCCGGCUACGGCUGGGAGGAGUACGACACCAGAAAGGGCGGCGUUCAGACCAUCCACGACACCCAGAACAACAUCGACAUCACCACUUCGUUUGUCAAGAUCCCCGGCGGCGGACACGGCGGCAGCUGGGCUGCCCGCAUCAAGGGCGAGCCCCGAGCGGAUGCCCCCGAGGGCCUCAAGUCGACCAUGGUCCUCUACCUCAGCUCCGAGCCCCGGUGGGACGAGGUCGACGUUGUCAACGACGGAGACGAGACCGGCUUCGAUGGCGACGUCACCCUGACCGGCACUUCGCAGGCUCUGGGCGAUUGGAAGAUCGUCGUGACCAAGGGUACGGGCGACCACCCUCUGAGCAAUCACCCCGUCUCCAACAAGCGUGAUCUGGACAAGACCACGGUCCAGUCUCUCACCGUCCCCGAGGAGCACCUGUGGAGAGCCAGGGAAAUCCUCUACCAGCAACUGAAGCAAGGCGUGGACAAUAUCAUUCAGGAGUAUGGUGCUGAGAACGCCCCGCCUCCCUGGCAGGUCUAUCAGCUUACCAAUCAGCCUGGGAAGGGUAAUAUUCAAAUGGUGCAGAAAGUCUUUGAAGGUGCCUUCGAGUUCGAUAUCCUCUUUACCAGCGGAUCUGCGGGCAAAGAUGUCACCAGUGAAGAUUUGACACGCGAGAUCAAAUUAACUACCGAGUCCUUCAGUGAGCGAUUCUUGAACAUCUUCACGCCACAGGCGCCGUUUGAGGCACAAAAGUACCAGAAAUUUGGCCGCAGCAUGCUCUCCAACCUUGCCGGAGGUAUUGGAUAUUUCUACGGCAACCAUAUUGUCGAUCGAUCCGGAGCCCCUGAAUAUGAUGAGGAGAACGAAGGGUUCUGGGAGGACACUGCCGCCGCCAGAGCGCGCCGUCUAGAGCAGCCUGAAGGACCGUUUGAGCUCUUCAGCAGCAUUCCGUCCCGACCCUUUUUCCCGCGCGGCUUCCUUUGGGACGAGGGUUUCCACCUCAUGCCUAUUGCCGAGUGGGAUAUCGACUUGACCAUGGAGAUCGUGAAGAGCUGGUACAACCUCAUCGAUGAGGACGGCUGGAUCGCUCGCGAGCAGAUUCUGGGAGAUGAAGCCCGCAGCAAGGUUCCCGCGGAAUUCCAAGUCCAGUACCCCCAUUACGCCAACCCCCCGACUCUCUUCUUGAUCAUCGAGAACUUCCUCGAGAAGCUCCAGAAAGCGAAUGGUACCCAAGCGGGCAAGAGGGAUCCUCUUUCGCAGCAGGGCUUGUACCACGAAAGUGCUCUUCUGAACAACCCGUCUCUCGGCCUCAAAUAUCUGCAAGAUCUGUACCCGUUGUUGCGCCGCCAGUUCUACUGGUUCAAGAAGACACAGUACGGCGACAUCAAGUCUUAUGAGCGAGAGGCGUACUCUAGCAGAGAAGGCUACCGAUGGCGUGGUAGAUCCAUUCAGCACAUUCUGACCAGCGGUCUGGACGACUACCCCCGGCCUCAGCCCCCGCACCCGGGCGAGCUUCAUCUCGACUUGAUCUCGUGGAUGGGACUUAUGGCCAAGACAUUGAACACCAUCGCCACGGCCAUCGGGGAGACCGCCGAUGCGAAGGACUAUGCCGCGGUGCUCGACAACAUCGAGCACAACCUCGUCGAUCUUCACUGGUCCGAGGCAGACGACUGCUUUUGCGACGCUACCAUUGACGCCUUUGAAGAGAAUAAGCUGGUCUGCCACAAGGGCUAUGUCACUCUGUUCCCCUUCCUGACUGGCCUCCUGAAGCAUGAUGAUCCCAAGCUUGGCAGUCUCCUCAAGCUGAUUGGCGACGAGAACGAGCUCUGGAGUCCGUUCGGCCUGCGCAGCCUGAGCAAGAAGGACGAACUCUACGGCACGGAUGAGAACUACUGGCGCAGCCCUGUGUGGAUCAACAUGAACUACCUUGCCAUCGUGCAACUCUACAAUGUCGCCCUGCAACAGGGGCCGUACCAAGCCCAGGCCACCGACCUGUACGCCCGCCUCCGCGGCAACAUCAUCGACACCGUGUACAACAGCUGGGAGGAGACGGGCUUCGCGUGGGAGCAGUACAACCCGGAGACGGGCAAGGGCCAGCGCACGCAGCAUUUCACCGGCUGGACCAGCCUUGUCGUCAAGAUCAUGGCCAUGCCCGACCUGGCGGCCCCCAAGCCCGAGGGACACCCCGAGGGGCAUGACGAGCUAUGA